AUGGCAAAAAUAAAAAAAGCAUGUUUGCCAAAAUUGAUAUGCGAAUUAAAUGCGACGCCGCAUAGGGAAAGAUUGACGGAAACGGAAAAAUAUUUAUUGGAUCUUAUUAGUGACACGUCCAUUAGCAUGACGGCUGAAGUCACGUCUAAAUAUCAUUUUGCAGCUCACAUGGGACAAUUGAUUGCCGGCAUUGAAGGUACCGGUUGUUAUAAUUUUUAUCCCUCUUGUCCCAUACCCGGUUUGCAAGUUUUGCAAAUGAUGAAAAAGUCAUAUUAA